GGAAAGGGGGCGGGACCAUAGAGGCGGGCGGUACCAUCGAGGCGGGGGCCAGAGCGGCGGCGGGCGGAGUUCCGCCGCGAUGGCGGCCAUGGCGGCGGAGGAGGAGGAGUACGAGGCGGUUCUGUGCGUGAAACCGGCGGUUCACGUUUACCGGCUGCCGCCGCGGGCCUCCAAUCGCGGCUACAGAGCUGCAGAGUGGCAGCUGGACCAGCCGGCGUGGAGCGGGAGGCUGCGCAUCACAGCCAAGGGCAAGGUCGCCUUCAUCAAGCUGGAGGACAAGACCUCUGGGGAGCUUUUUGCCCAGGCGCCGGUGGAGCAGUUCCCCGGCAUCGCUGUGGAGAGCGUCACCGACUCCAGCCGAUAUUUCGUCAUCCGCAUCGAGGAUGGGAAUGGCCGCCGAGCUUUCAUCGGAGUCGGCUUUGUUGACCGAGGGGACGCUUUUGACUUCAACGUGGCUCUCCAGGACCAUUUUAAGUGGGUGAGGCAGCAGAGCGAGCUGGCCAGACAGGCUGAGAACCCCGAGCAGGGACCCAAACUGGAUUUGGGCUUCAAGGAGGGACAAACCAUCAAACUCAACAUUGCGAAUAUGAAGAAAAAAGAAGGAGCGACGGGGAACACCAGACCACGUCCCACGGGUUUCGGGGGCCUGAACUUGCUCCCACCACCCCCGGGGGGAAAAUCUGCGUCGGUUUGUCCGUCCGGAGAGCAUCCGUCUUCACUUUCUGCCCCACUCCCGGGCACCCCCAUCACAGACGCCCUCCUGGCCUGGCCACAACCCGCUGCAGCUCCCGCCGCCGACGUCUGGGGAGACUUCGCCAAAGCUUCGGGGUCGAAUUCUAACCAGACUCAGGCAAACACGGGCUGGGUCCAGUUCUAACCCGGCUACUGGGAUCAGCGCAAUUCCCUCAGGACCAAAGCGGGGGCUCGGGGACACCCUUAAAUCCCCCCCCACGCAUCGAAAUGUUGAAAUAAAUGCUGGAGAACAACCAAAACGUGCCUUAAAACACUCCACACCAGCACCCUCUGCGGCGGGGGCGUUUUAUUGUCCACCUGGAGCGCAGCAAAACCUCCAAGGCUUCACCUUUCUGCAAUAAAACCCCCGUCAGCUUCAUCACCUCCUGUUAGUAACGAGCGGGAGGCCUCUCGUUCGCAGCACUGCCCCAAUUUAAGGUAAUUUUGGUAAAAUUGUAUACGAUUAGAGCCUCCUCGGAGUGUUUUCUUCUUGCUUCUCACAUAUUCGGGCUGGAUAAAUCCUCUUGUCGGUGGGAGCGUCCUCCUGGAGAACAUCUCACCUGCACAAUCCAACCAACACCACGCUCAGCGUCACCCCGAUUUUAUUCGGGGUGUUUAAACAUAAAUCAUGGGAGGUGAGGAGCUGAACCGCUGCCUUUCGAUGCUGAAAUUCCUCAUGUUUUUUACUCCGGGAAGAGUUUUUUCACCUCUAUUUUGAAGCCAGAAUUUUUCUACUUCUUUCCACGGACGUUUAAUGAAGCGAUUGAAGCCACGAAGGACAGAACGGAGUCGGUGUCUGACAGAGCUGCGCUUGAGAUUCCUCUUUAAAUAGAAAUAUUUUCUUAACCUAUUUAUAUUAAUGCCUUUCAAUGCACAGAAUCCUGCUUAUUUUUUUAUUUUUCAGCAUCUCUGCUUUUUAUUAUUUCCAUUUCCCAACGGGAUGAGGAGUAUUUGUGUUUCAGGUGAGAGCUGCAACACUUCCAAACGAGCAAUAAAAUGGGUUUUGGUGCCAAA